AUGCUCACGCAGACGACAUCAUCCUCGCUCGUUCACAGAGCACCAGCGACGAGACAAUCGUUCUUCGCGCGACAGGAAUUCCAACGCAGAAUUUAUGGCGUUAUCACAGAUCAUCGAGCCGUUCGAAUAUCGGCCAAAUCGGCGAACGACGAAGCGCGAUCCGAAUCCGCAACAUCACCAACGAACUCUUCGUUACGAUCUUCUUCCGAUGAAUCCUCGUCGUCAGCAACGAACUCUUCGUUAAUCCAAACGGAACGUUUGGACGUCACGGAAUCCCCGUAUUACCGCGAACUUUCCAAAGACGUCGACGCGAUCGAUGCGACGAGGUUUUUGAAAGCACCGUCGGACUUUUUUGAGCUUUUAGAUUUAGAUUUGGACGACGCGGACGUUUGGGCGUCGCGAGACGAAGCGAUGGUACAAUCGAUCGUACAAACCGCGUUCAAGAAAAAGUUGAAGAUUUCGCAUCCGGAUGUUUUAACGUCGAAGUACGCAGACAUUUCCGAAGAGGAAACGAACGGAUUCGCGGUCAUUUUAAACGCGGCGUAUAAGACGUUAUCCGAUCGACAAACGCGAGAACCGUACCUUCUCGCUGUGAUUGAUUUUCGGAAACAUUUCUUCUUGAGCGAAGAGACGAAGUUUGACGGCACGCCGGUAUCCAAAUGGAGCGGCGAGGAAGGCGAGACGAGAGCGGUUUUUGUGGACGAAAGCGAGUGCAUCGGGUGCGGAAAUUGUGCACAAUAUGCAGCAAAGACAUUCAGCAUGGACGUAGAUAAAGAUUACGGCAGAGCGAGAGUAAUUAACCAAUGGGCGGACGAUAGCGAGACGAUCGAGAUCGCCAUCGAUAUGUGUCCAGUAGAUUGUAUUUGGUUCGUGAAAAGGAAUCAACUCGCGGCGUUAGAACAUUGCAUGAAAUUCUGUCCUCGCGAAGAUCCUGGGAUUAUGGGCAGAAGAAGAGGAGGUAAUUUCGGUUCGCAAAGAGCAAAGCACAAUCCAUUCAGCGCCGCAGAAAGCUUCUUAAAACGCUUCGACGAAAACGGUGAACUGUUUGGUGGUAAAAAUCCGGCUGGCCUAUCGUUCUCGUGGCACGAUGAACGGCUAGCGUCGACCAUUGCCAAAGCGUGGUUGUCGUUGCCAGCGGAAGUGAGACGACAAGGUUGGUCAGAGUUCAAACAUAAAUUCAACACCUCCGGUGUCGGCGGCGACUACUCCGUCGAAGAUCGCACGUUCUUGAAGACUCGGUAA